AUGGGAAAAUCCGCAGAGAUGAUGCGUGGUGCCAGAUUGGUCGUGGCGAACGUUGACAUCGAGGGAUCCAAUGCCCGCUAUGGAUUCGGUCCGUAUUCAUCCAGUGCCUUUGGUAUGCAAUUCGGUGUCGGGAUGUUUUCGAACUGGAUGAGAGGGGGUACACUACUGAAUUCUGUUAACCAGUAUAUCUCUGCCGCCACGUAUCACAAUCUCCUUUGUUCUCCGUUCACUUCGGAACUCUUUACUCUUGAUAUGCCAACAAUCUGCGAGACGAGGUUCUUUCUUCUACCAGCACCGCCACAACCAUUGACAUCGGCACCGUCAGCAGAUCCUGUGGUUGCUUCCCAACUCGAUCCUAUCGCUACUAACCAACUUCCCAAUCCCGAUUAUCCUCCGCCUCUAUCUCCAUCACCUCUGCCUGCGCCUCUACAUCUUUUGAUUUUUCAGCAGGUCUCGCUUCAGAAGAAGAGGCGGAUGUUGAGGGUAACGCUGGAGAAACUAUGGGCGAUAGUAUGGUUGAAAACAGUUGGAUUACCUUGCCCGUUCAGGGUGAGGGAAUAUAAGGAAUGUGCUGCGAAGAAGUGUCUUUGCUUAUUAGUGCGUCUCCUAGGGCGUGCUUUCGGCUCUUGA